ACCAAGCAGAAAAUGGCCGCCAUUAUAUUAGAAGUAGUUGAUUCAACGUUUUACUAGUAUAUUCACAUUGUAAACUUGUAUUUUUUGAUUUAAAACUAAAAUAAUGGGAUCCUCAAAGAAGCACAAAGAUAAGGACAAGGAAAGAGAUCGGGACAGGAAACGUGAUAAAGACAGAAGGCAUAGAAAAAGAUCUCGAUCAAGAGACCGCGAUGAAGACAGGAAAGAUAGAAGAGAAUACCGAGAAAGUGACAGCGAUAAAAAGAAAAAAACAGUAGAUGAUCAGGACGACUUGUUUGAGUACGCCUUAGAAGAAGCGAAAAAGAGAAACAGGACGGCAUGAGGAAAGUGCUAGUGGUGGCGGUGAUUCGUUAAGUAUCGAAGAAACAAAUAAACUCAGAGCAAAACUUGGCUUGAAACCACUUAAAGUUGAUGAUGGUGAAGAAAAAACAGAAGAAAAAAAGACUGCACUGUUGGACGAUGUUCAUGUUCCUGCAAAGAAUAUGGGUGAAACAGAAAUUCAAGAAAAGAUGAGACGAAAGCUAGAAGAAAUCAGAGAAAAAAGAAAAAUACAUCAGAAACUUGUUAAAGUUAAGACCCUUGGAGAAGAAGACAGUGAUGAUGAAAGUGCUUCAGCAUGGGUGAAGAAGAAUAGAAAGAACCAGAAAGAGAAAGAAAUGGCAGAGAAAMGGGCAAGAAUGUUGGAAGAAAUGGAUGCUGAAUUUGGAGUUGGUGAUCUUAUAAAUGAAGAAUUUGGUUCAAUGAAACGAAAGUCAUACACAUCAAGRGACCUUAAAGGACUCACAGUGGAACAUGAUCAAACAGGUUUCAAGGAAGGAACWACAACGAUAUUGACCCUGAAAGACCAAGGAAUUCUUGAUGAUGAAGGYGAUACAUUACACAAUGUUAAUAUGGGUGAUUUUGAAAAGGCUAAAAAGAAUCAAGACCUAAGAAAAAAGAAGUCAUCUUACCAACCUUAUGAUGAAGUUGAUGAAAAUGACAUGUUUAAAGUUAAAGGAGUCCUUGAUAAAUACGAUGAAGAGAUUGAAGGAGAGAAGAAAAAAGUAUUUGCUCUUGGUUCUGGUGGACAGUUUGACACUAGUAGAGAAGAUGACUUAGAAAAGAUAAAAGCAAGACUAAGAAAUGAAAUGGUUUCUUUAGAGAUGGCCCAACCAAGACUAGCCUCAGAGUACUAUACAGAAGAAGAAAUGCUUAAAUUCAAAAAACCUAAAAAGAAAAGAAAAAUUAGAAAAAGAGAAGUCCUCAAGGCAGAUGCUUUGGAGUCCAUUUCUGGGUCAUACUUGGCAAGCGGUGAUCAUGGAUCAAGGAAUACAAAAUCAAAGCCAAAGGCUGAACAACAACAAACCAAUUUUGGUGAAGAGGCCAUGGACAUUGCUCCUCUAGAACAAGAUGAUGAAGAAUAUUAUUACAAUCAGGACACACAAGACAACAACCUCAUUUUAGAGGAUGAUGAAGCUCAACUUGAACUUGAGGUUGCACUUCAAAGGUCAAGACUGGCAAAAAAGAAAAAAGAAAAAGUUGGUGUAGAGAAAAUGGUCCAAGAUCUCGCUGCUGCAACAAAGCAAGAACAGUCUACAAAUAAAGAUGAAGCUUCAAUUGUUAUCGACUCCACAUCUGAGUUUUGUCGAGCUCUUGGUGACAUCCCUACAUAUGGAGCAGCUGGAAAUCGAGAAGAAGAAGAGGAAGAAGACGAUGCAGAUUGGCGAAUGGAUUUAGACCAACCCCAGAAAGAUGCUCAAGGUGGCUGGGAGCUGGUUCAAACACAAGAAGAAAAGAAAAAAGUGGAUGCCGAUAAACUGGAGGAAGAAAGCCGUGUUCUUGAUGAAGAACCCAUCGUUGGAUCAGGMAUGGCUGCGGCGUUAUUACUGGCUUCUAAGAAAGGUCUUUUAAAUGCACCUGGAAAGCAGAAACGAGAAGAGAAGUUUGUAGCAGAACUACCAUCAGUGGGUGUUAUCGAUGAAGAAAAGAUGAGUGGUGAAGGUAAAGAUAGAAGUCGGUCAGGAAGGGAUCGUGAUUAUGAACGAAACAAAGACAGAUAUGGAGUUGAAAAAGAAGGUUACAUCCCCAAAGUUAAACUGGAUUACGUAGACGAACAUGGCCGGCAAAUGACUCCCAAAGAGGCAUUCCGAUACUUAUCUCAUCGUUUCCAUGGUAAAAUGCCAGCAAAAAUGAAAACAGAGAAAAGAGCCAAGAAAGUUCACGAAGAUAUCGCCAUGCAGAAGAUGAGUUCAGUCGACACACCACUAAAUACUGCCGCCUUACUCAAAGACAAACAGAAAGAAUCACAAUCACCGUACUUGAUUCUUAGUGGUGGUGGAAAUACUUUCUCAUCAGGGACAACACUUAUCUCAAAGAAAAAGUAACUUAACCAUUCCUAAUAUCGUAGUGAAUGCAUAAAACGUUCUGAAUCCUUCGUCAUAUUCACUGAGGACAUAACACUAGCUGCUGUAAAUGAACCAUUAGUUAUAUAAAAUUCACAAGGGCMCACCAUAUAACCGCCAUCAAGGAUUGUAGCAAUAGGGUCUUGCUUUAGUACUAAAAUCAUGAUCUCACAUGGACAAAUGGAGAUACGAUAAAUUCAGUUACGAGACCAAGACUUUGGAUCGUAGAUAACCUUGGAAAGCUCGCUUUAACUGUUAGGAUGUUAGAGAGUGAAGAAACCCGGUAACAUUCUGUAGUUGAAUAGAUUUAUAUGUGCCUUUGUUUUCUCUUUAGUUCUCUUUUACAAUCAUAGUAUCCAGUGGUUCUGUAGUUGGCAUGCCCGCUUGUAUGUAGCGAAGACAAAGACGUUAUAGUGCAAUAAACAAAAUUAAAUUAUCAAAUUCAUAGCCAAA